AACCAGAGGGGGCCUGGCUUAGUCUGCUUUGCACCUUAGUCUGCCUUUCUGGACCGAAAGGCAUCAUUUUUGGAGAAAUGUGUCACGGUGCAGUGCAGUGUGAUAGAUGGAAAAAUCCUAUGUAGGGCACGCAGGAAAGACUCUGAGGGGCCGUCUGGUCUCGCCUCGUAGUGAACCAUGCGUGUGCACUUCCUGAAAAGAAGAACGUUCUUGUUCGAAUAUCUCGGUUGUAACACCGCGGAGUUUACCGUUGCGGGCGAGAGGUUCCCUGCAGCAGCGCGGAUGGAAGGCGCAGGGGCGCCGAAGAGACACGUUCACCCCCGGUGCCAGCUCUCCGCGCGCGUACAGCAGGGCUGGAGUUCCGAGCGUGCGGUACCCAGCCUGGCCCCCAUCAUGAGUGCUGAGCUCAGCGUGCCUGUGGACCCCUCCACUCCUGUCUGCUCAGAGCCGGCACACAAGGGCAUGGAUUACCGGGACUGGGUCCGCCGCAGCUACCUGGAACUGGUCACCUCCAACCACCACUCCGUGCAGGCCCUCUCCUGGAGGAAGCUCUACCUGAGCAGGGCCAAACUGAAAGCCUCCAGCCGAACCUCCGCCCUCCUCUCAGGCUUUGCCAUGGUGGCCAUGGUGGAGGUGCAGCUGGAGACGCAGUACCAGUACCCAAGGCCCCUGCUCAUCGCCUUUAGCGCUUGCACCACGGUGCUGGUGGCCGUGCACCUCUUUGCCCUGCUCAUCAGCACGUGCAUCCUGCCCAAUGUGGAGGCCGUGAGCAACAUCCACAACCUCAACUCCAUCAGCGAGUCGCCGCACGAGCGCAUGCACCCCUACAUUGAGCUGGCCUGGGGCUUCUCCACUGUUCUCGGCAUUCUGCUCUUCCUGGCUGAGGUGGUGAUGCUCUGCUGGAUCAAGUUCCUGCCCGUGGAUGCACGCCACCAGCCUGGCCCCGCACCUGGCCCUGGCAGCCACACAGGCUGGCACGCUGCCCUCGUGUCCACCAUCAUCAUGGUACCCGUGGGUCUCAUCUUCGUCGUCUUCACCCUCCAUUUCUACCGCUCACUGGUGCGCCACAAAACCGAGCGGCACAACCGAGAGAUCGAGGAGCUGCACAAGCUCAAGGUGCAGCUGGACGGGCACGAGCGCAGCCUGCAGGCUGUGUGAGGGCCCGGGGGGCUGGGGCCAGGGGCUGGGGGCCGACAGGGGGCAGCCUGAGUGUGAGGGAGUUUCAGAGAUGCAGAUUGCCGUGAGGCCGCCUGGACACUGCCAGCUAGUUCAAGACCAAAGUUUUACUCCUGUCUUCAUGCUGUGAAACCUGGAUCAUUUCCCCUCAGGAAGUGAAAGUCUUUAAACCAGAGACUCUGUUGCUAAGAGCUUAGGGUGAAGAAAGGCUGAGUGCUCGGCCCUGGGAAAUCCUGAGACAGGGCACAGAGGGCCACCCCAUGACCGAGGGGCUGCAGGGCAGUUGGGUGGCGUACAUGACGGUUCCAGCCUGCCAUAGUCAGGUGGGGGCUGUGGUGAUCGGAUGGGCCCAGGACUGCACCCUGGGCCCUGGUGCUCCCCUGCCCUGCCCUGCCCUGGGGGACGUUGGGUGGCCUGGCUUGUGGGGAAGGCCGGCACCGAGGUACGUGUCAGCCCAGCAGGUGUGCUGGGUGCUCCAGGAGGUGGGAGACUUGUCAGGACCUGGGGCAGACUCCCGAGGGUAGGGACCUGGCAGGGUCGGGGAGGCACGUCUGGGAGCAGCCCCCUCGAGGAGGCUGUUAAUGGAGAGGUGCUCCAAAGCAGUCUGGGCUCAAAUUCUUUCUUCCCAGCCUGCCUGGGGCCCUGGCCAACUGACCCAGCAAGGCCACCAGGCUGGGAAGGGCCACAGUCCAGAGGCCUCCAUCUCUUGGCCAUAGGAUGCCCUCUGAGCCUGAGUCAGCUAAUCCUCCGGGCUGUGGCCACCGAAGGCCAAGGGCACUUGCUCAGGUGACAGGGUCUGCGAUCCCCCUGCUGCCCGUGGUGGUGGGCAGCGGAAGGGGCAGCUUGUGGAACUUCCUGUCUGUGGGAGGUGGCACCAGGGGCCAGCCCUGGCCACCUGCAGGUCUCACUUAUGACAUGGAACAACUACAGAGAAGGCACGACCCUACACAGUGCUCCCUCCUGGACCCCUAGGCCCCCCACUCAGCAGCACACUGGGGCCCAGCGCACACCUGCCUUCGCCGUGUGGGGCUGGUGUUUCAGCCAAGGGCGCCUGGCUGCCCCAGUGGGUGUUCUCGGCUGUUCACGUGCAGGCUGCAGCUCAGCCUCUGUGAGCAUGCUGUACACUGAGCUGCUUUUAUUCCCCCCCCCAUUUUAUUUUAAUUCUAAUGUUCAAGUUCAGUUUUCUGCCUUUUCCCCACACCUCUUCCCGCCACCCCAGCCAUCCCCACCUCCCUCCCCUAAUUACAGCCCCACCUUGGUUUUGUCCAUGUGUCCUUUAUACAUGUUCCUGAAAACGCUUCCCCCCCAUUAUCCCUUCCCACCUCCCCUCUGGAACUGUUUGUCCUUAAUUUCAACGUGUCUGGUUACCUGAGCUGCUUUUAAAAACCAUGUUUACCACACUGGCCAGCAGCCACCUGGAGGAGACUUUGUUUUCGCAGAUUGUCACUGAGUCUCAUGCUCUGGUGGCAUUCCUGUCAAUAGCCUGACACCUCUGCGGGGUCUGGGUCGCCUGUGUCAAGAAACCCUGACUGGCCUAGUCCAGGUUUCUAGGGAUGCGACCCAUUGGUGAGAACAUAAACCUUAACCUGUGACUCAGGAAUGCCGAGGGCCCCUGGGAGCUUUGCUGAGAAUCACCGGUGGUAGUGGCAACACUUCCAGGAAGCCUGGACACGGUGUCCCAGUGGCCAGAGCAGGGCCCAGCAUCUUCUAAGAGGUUUGUGCCCCUUGCGUCUUCUGCAGACACCUGUUGUGACUUGCUUGCUCUCUAGUGCAUGUUUCCUCUUCCCUGCAGCUGUGUUGGAAAGGCUUACCUGGUCUAACAUGUUUGCUUUGUGAAGAAAUGUCAGCAUCACGGCAAGACAGCCACUUACCUGGCAGUGAUG